AUGGAAGAUUUCUACAUUAACAACACUUCACAGGCCAACAGCGGCGAUCACAACAUCUUCAAAUUCAAUGACAGUGUUUACAAUGGAGACGUUGGAUUCAUCUUCAAAGUGGUGAUAUGCAUCAUCAUUUGUAUCGGCCUUCCUUUGACUCUCACUGCCAUCUAUGCUCUUUUUUCUCUGGUGAGAAAUGAUCAUGUUGCUCCGAUCUACAUCAUCAACCUUCUCAUUUUGGACCUCAUUCAGUUCUGCUGCAUGAUCGUUGAGGUGGCACAGACUGAGGAAAAGAAGAUUAACAUCAUCUUUCAAAUUUAUACCUAUAGUCUGGGGGCCAGUAUUGGCUUCAUGGUGUGUGUCGCCCUGGAAAGGUAUUUGGUCAUCGCCUGCCCACUGUGGUACCGCUUCAAACGAACCAUCAAGAUCUCUGUGCUGGUCUGUGUCGUGGUCUGGCUCCUUCCUGCUCUUUGUUUCCUCACUGUCUCUUUUUGCUCAUAUGAUCGUAUCAAAGACAUCACCUUUGCCAUAUUUUGCCUUCUUCCCCUCCCACUGCUCAUAUUCUUCCUGGGUGGGACCCUCAGAGCUCUGUCUGCCUCCAACGCGGUCCCCUCUGACGAAAAACGACGAAUUGUAGCAAUGUUGGUCCUGGUGCUGCUUAUUUACACGUUGCUGUUCCUGCCCAUGAUCAUUUGGCUUGUGACAAAGGGAGCAAGAAUGAACAACUUCCUCACCAAAAUGUCGUUUACGUUUGUCAGGUUGAGUCCUCUUGCAGACUUAGUUCUGUAUGUUUUCAUGAAAAAAGGGGCUAUAGAUAAACUUUUGGCCUCUGUGUGUUGUUGUAGAAUGGACAACAAUGAUGUCAGCAUCGCAGCAUUAUGA